AUGGCUAGGCUCUCAUGGAUUUCCAUUGCUUUCUUUGUCAUCCUUGCCUUCGCAAUCAAUACUUUGGCUCAAUGGGAUAUCGAUCAAAGUCCUGCUCCUGCUGUUCAAAUUGUUCCUCAAGGCGGAGAAGGAUCGCUUAAAGCUGAAGAAUGCGCGGGAGCGUGUGAUUUUCGGUGUUCAGCAACUUCACACAAGAAGCCAUGUCUGUUCUUUUGCAAUAUGUGUUGUCAAAAAUGUCUCUGUGUCCCAUCGGGCACAUAUGGACACAAAGAAGAAUGUCCAUGCUACAACAACUGGAAAACCCAGGAAGGAGGUCCCAAAUGCCCUUGA